AUGCUUCCAAAGUUGUUCUUCAUCAUUUCUACACUAAUUUCCUCCUUCAUCUUCACUCAUUCUUACACCCAAUGUCUUCACCAUCAAAAAACCUUGUUGCUUCAACUCAAGGAUGAGUUGAACUUUAAUUCUUCUCUUUCAACAAAACUUGUGCAAUGGAAUCAAAGUGAUGAGUGCUGCAAGUGGGACGGUGUGGCAUGUGAUGCUGCCGGCUACGUCGUUAGUUUGAAGCUCGAUAACGAGUCCAUUUCUGGUGAGAUUGCGGAUUCAUCGAGUCUCUUCAGACUUGUGCAUCUGCAGAAGCUAAAUCUAGCCUACAAUUAUCUCAUCAACGGUCCCAUUCCCAAAGGUAUUGACAAUCUCACCUAUUUGACACACUUGAAUUUAUCCUAUGUUGGAUUUGGUGGGCAGGUUCCACUCCAACUUUCCUUCUUGAGGAGAUUAGUUUGUCUCGAUAUCUCCAAUUGGUUUUUUGGAUCUCUAAGUCUUGAAUACCCAACUUUGGAGAUGCUAGUCCAAAAUCUAGCAGGGCUUCGAGAGCUCUAUCUUGAUGGUGUGAAUGUUACUUCCUCUCAUGAGAGUAGAAAAUGGAGCCACAUUAUAUCAUCAUAUUUACCAAACCUCACUGCGUUGAGCUUGGUACGUUGUGGUUUGUCUGGCCCUUUCGAUAACUCCUUUUGGCAACUCCAUUCCCUUUCCAUCCUUCGACUAGAUUUGAACCAUCUUGGGACAGAACUUCCAGACUUGUUCCACAAUUUUCCAAGCUUGACCACCUUGACUCUUUUUAGGUGCAGUUUGAAGGGUUCAAUUCCAUCCACCUUUGCUAACAUAACCAACCUGAUUCAUGUCGAUUUGUCAUAUAACUUCUUCACAGGCUCACUUUCUUCUACGCUGUUUGAAGGCCUUUCCAAUCUUGUUUAUUUAGAUUUGUCAAGUAAUUCAUUCUCUGGUAACAUUCCCCACUCUCUCUUUGCUCUCCCUUCAUUGUUGGAACUUGAUCUUAGCAGCAAUCAGUUUAAUGGCACUUUUCAACUGGACAAGUUUCCAAGUCUUGCCAACGUAACCCGACUUGAUCUAUCUCACAAUAGAUUGUCAGUAGAUGUUGGCAACCUCAAUUCAACUUCAUAUGGAAAUCUCCAACUAAAAGUGUUGGGACUAGCUUCAUGUAACUUGUCCCAUUUUCCUAAUUUCAUCAAACAUUCUGAUGAUUUGAGAACACUAGACCUCUCAUACAAUCGGAUUGGUGGGGAGAUACCUAAUUGGAUUUGGGGAACACAACUUUCGGAUUUGGACCUCUCUUUUAAUCUUCUAACACAUCUGCAAAAGCCUUACCAUAUCCCUUCUUCUCUUGGAUUCCUACACUUGCAGUCUAACCAGCUCAAGGGUGAGUUGCACCUGCCCAUUCCACCUGCGUCUCAACUCAUGAGCUUAUCUCUUGCUAAUAACAGUUUAAGUGGAUCCAUUCCAACCUCCCUUUGCAGUGAUACGAGGCUCGAUGUUCUUGAUUUGUCUGGCAAUAGAUUAAGUGGCAGCAUACCCCCUUGCUUACUUGAAAACAUUUCAGAGUUAGAUCUAAGCCAAAACAACAUCAGCGGUAGCAUUCCAGAUAAUUUUCCUAUGGAUUGUCAACUUGGAUAUUUGAAUGUUAACAAUAAUACUUUAGAAGGGAAAAUCCCAAAGUCCCUUGAAAGAUGCGAGCAGUUGCUGUUCAUGAAUGUUGGGAACAACAAUAUCAAUGACAGUUUCCCUUGCCUGCUAUCAUCGAACUUGCGAGUUCUUGUUUUGCGCUCCAACAAAUUCCAUGGAGAUGUGAGAUGUCAUGACAAGAGCUGGCAGAAGCUCCAAAUUGUAGAUAUAUCUUCGAAUCAUUUCAGUGGAGAUCUGGAAUCAUUCAACUUUUCUACUUGGAAGACAAUGAUGCUACAGAGUGACGAACAAUUGAGAGAGGACAAUUCAGUCUAUUACUAUUUCUCACAAUUGUGGAGGUCAUCAAGCGUCACAUUAAUCAUGAAGGGGAUAAAUUUAGAGUUUCACAGGCCAGAGUUUUGUAACAUUGAUUUCUCUUGCAAUAAUUUCGGAGGAGAGAUACCAAAUGCAAUUGGUGAUCUUACCUUACUUCAUCAGCUCAACCUCUCCCACAAUGCCCUCAACGGAAGCAUCCCAAACUCAUUUGGUGAAUUGAGGAACCUCGAAUCACUCGACCUCUCUGGAAACCGACUCAUCGGGCCAAUACCAGUGGACCUUGCAGGGCUCACGUUCCUUUCAUUUUUGAAUCUAUCCUACAAUAAGCUGGUUGGAAAGAUUCCAAAUGGCCGUCAGUUACAAACAUUUUCAGCUGAUUCCUUCAAAGGGAAUCCGGGGUUGUGUGGUUUCAAUCUCAACAUAAGCUGCAGUCAUAGUGAUGGCAGUGAUCAUUUGUCUCCACAAGAAGAUGAAAAUGGGGAAGAGAAGAGUGAGAUCGAGUGGGAAUACGUAUCUGCUGCAGUUGGAUAUGUUGUGGGCUUAGGAAUCAUUGUGUGGAUACUUCUAUUCUGGCGAAGCUUCAGAGAAAGAUAUUUCGAGAAAAUAGAAGAGGCUGUUGACAAGAUAUUCUACGAGAGAGCGAGGAAAAAAAGAAGAAGAAGAAGAGUAGAGAUGAGAAAAGAGAUUAGGAGACAGCAGCGAAGUUGAUAAUUAUAUGCAAUUUAGAUAAUUAAAUAAACAAGGGUGUUUAGUGUUUGAUGUGAGUGUGAAUGUUUUGUUUUGCUGCUUAUUGUUUUUUUGUUUUUGUUUUUGGUCAUGUAGAAGAGAUUCUGUGUGUUGGUAACUAUGUCCUUUAAUUUUACGAGAAUUAGCACAAAUCAGAUUUGUGUUGGUUAAGAUAUACUAGGAUUUCCA